AUGGGCCUUGGCAGGGCGUGGUACCACAAACUUAGCUCCACACUUCGCACGCAUGGCUUCAAGCGUUCUGAAGCCGACCACACUCUCUUCACUCUUCGGACUAAAAAUGGUCGAGUGGUCGUUCUUGUCUACGUUGAUGACAUAAUCAUCACCGGCGAUGACCGCGAUGGGAUCUCUACCACUAAGGCCCUGUUUCACUCCACCUUUGAUAUUAAGGAUCUAGGAGAGCUCAAGUACUUCCUUGGCAUUGAAAUUUCUCGAUCACCGGAGGGGCUGUUUCUCUCUCAACGGAAGUAUGCCCUUGAUCUUCUCCGUGAAACUGGCAAGCUAGGAGCCAAACCGGCUCCUACACCCCUUGAAGAAGGUUACCAGUUCAAGCGAAAGGGGGAGAUGAAGAAUGCAACCAAGUUUGCUGAGCCAUAUGAGGAUGUGGGCAGAUAUCGUAGUCUUGUGGGAAAGCUCAUCUACCUUAUGAUCACAAGACCGGAUCUUUGCUAUGCAGUAAACCAAGUCAGCCAACACAUGAAGGCUCCAACAAAGUUUGAUUGGCAAACGCUCGAACGAAUUCUUUGUUAUCUCAAGGGAAGUCCUGGCCAAGGCAUUUGGAUGGGGAAGAACAACAACACUCAACUCGUGGGCUAUUGUGACGCGGACUAUGCAGGUGAUACAACUGACCAGAGAUCAACCACAGGGUAUUGCAG